AUGCAAUCACCAGAUCUCGAAAUAUCUUUACCACCAACACACAAACCAGAAUCGCAACAAUUCGAUAACAACUCGCACAAAAAAGAACAAACAACUCUAGCAUCAGGUCAUGAAGACAACGCAAAUGAUGACAGUCUCUUGAGAAAAGAAGAAAUGUUUGAUUUUUCGGAAUGGAGAAAUCCUAAUAUUUGGCGAAAUGCUAGUGCAGAGUUUUGGGCGGUUUGUGUGUUGACAUUUAUGGUUGGUGCGACUGCGAUUGCUUCUGGUUCUGCCUUUGAGACUGGGUUGGCACAUAUUCCGAUUGUAGGGCUAUUGAUUAUUGCCGUCGGUCCUAUUUCAGGAGGCCAUUUAAACCCUCUCGUAACAAUGACAGCAGUAUUCACACGUGUCAUCUCCUUCCCACGUGGACUUCUCUACAUUGCAAACCAAACUGUAGGUGCCGCAGUUGGCGGUGCUCUCCUGCGUUCCCUAUCCGCCGACACGACAUCACUAGGCGCAUGCGGAUUCAACGAUACAGAAUUCUCAGUCGGAAGAGCGUUUAUCGGGGAAUCUCUAGUAGCAUUUGCGAUUGCUUUUGUUGUUUAUGCUAUCGCUUUAGAUCCAAUACGGAGCAAGAUUUUUUCGCUUAAUGCGACGGCGUUUCUUGUCAGUGCUACUUUUGCGAUGGUAGUUUGGUUAAGUGGGGGAAUCAAUGCUGGGUGGCCUGGAGCUGGUACAAAUCCGGCAAAAUGUUUUGGUCUUUCAGUAGGAAGUGAAAAUUUUUCACAUCACUGGGUAUUUUGGUUAGGCCCAUUACUCGGCGCUUUAAUUUACGCCUUCUCAAACGCACUAAUGACGUCACCAAAAAAACAACGAAAAGGAGUCGCCUCGCAUAAUGUGUAA